AUGUUCUGUCUCCGCAGUUGGCUCCCUCUGCUAUUUAUACCCACCAACGCCUCCCCUCUAUUCAUCAUCUCCUUCAUCGCCCUCACCUACAUCAUCCACCGACCAUGCAUCUACUGCUCCGCCCUCCUCCUCAUCCUCUUCGUAUCAUCCUGCCACUGGUCUGAUCGAUGCAUAUUCGAUCUCCGCAGUAACUGGUUCGCCCCGCGCUACAGUUCCGCAUCCGCCGAUAGCUUCGUUUCAGGCAACACCACCAUGGAGGCGCCUUUGCCAGGUGACAGCCUCGCCGGCUUCGUCUUCGAUACCUUCAACUCAACCGCCAAAGCAUUGGCUGGAGCUGCACUAGAAAGUGCACAGCAAAAACUUGGUGUGGAAUCAAGGUCGGAGGAGUGGACUGGCGUGGGUCUGGAAUGGCUGCGCAGUUUGCUGGGUCGGCAGGAGUGGACGCUCCCUUGUGUGGAUGUGAAGGUGCGGUUAUAA